GUGUUGUGACGAAUUUAUUAAGCGACCCGCCGCAUGUUGUGCACGUCAUUGUUUUGAGCAAUACAGACCACCUGACCGUCUUUUCGCAUGUCCGCCGCGAUCUGAAUUUAUUUCAUUUUAUUCAGAAGUAAGGGACCUAAUAUAGAAGCCUAGAAUGGACCUUGGCAUCAAGGCAGGAGACAAGGUGCUCCUGGUGUGGAAUCAACCAUCAUCCCCUUUGGCCCUCAAAGAGCUGGCGGAGAGUGUGGGUGCAUUCAUUGGAACCGAUGGCAAAAUAUCAGUCGAGAAUAUGGAAAUGCUGUUAUUAUCCUCCCAUAGACCUUCCUCCUAUGACUGGGUCCUCUCCUGCCUUCUCAUUGACAGCUCGUCUGUCCACAGCUCAGAAACGCUGGCGGAAAUGGCCCGGGUUCUCAAGCCCGGCGGGAAGCUCAUUAUGGAGGAGCCGGUCACAGGAACUAAUGGAUACAGUGUGAGGACUGCUGAGAAACUGGCAUCUGUCCUGAAGCUGUCAGGCCUGACGUCUGUUGCAGAGAUGGGUAAAGCAGAGAUGAGUCCAGACGCACUGAGCUCUCUCAGGAGCAGCACUGGCUACCAGGGGAACUCCCUGCUCAGGGCCCGCAUGUCGGCCGCCAAGCCAGACUUUGAAGUGGGCUCGUCGAGCCAGCUCAAACUCUCUUUUGGGAAGAAGACGCCUAAGCCAGCCGAGAAACCAGCCCUUGAUCCCAAUGCUGCCAAAAUGUGGACCCUCUCAGCCAAUGACAUGGACGAUGAGGCUGUGGACUUGGUGGAUUCUGACACUCUGCUGGAUGAAGAGGACCUAAAGAAACCCGAGGCCUCCUCCCUCCGAGCCACCUGUGGAGAUGGGGCUGCCAAAAAGAAGAAAGCCUGCAAAGACUGCUCGUGCGGCUUGGCUGAGGAGUUGGAGCAGGACACCAAAGGAGUGCAGAAGGCCAGCCUACCAAAGUCUGCCUGUGGAAGUUGUUACCUGGGUGAUGCCUUCCGCUGUGCUAGCUGCCCACAUAUGGGUAAGCCAGCCUUCAAGCCAGGAGAGAAGAUCGUGCUAGACAAAAAUACCCUGACCGAUGCUUAAAGACCCAGAACCAUAAACAAGAAACACAACUUGUUGCACCAAACCCAUUUCUGACCUCUAGGUUACAUUCCGCCACUUGUUACAUGAAAGCAGUGUUGGUUUAGGGAGAAAAUGAUUGACAUGGAUGGCAUUUAAAUUGACAAUUGAUCAAUUCUAAGUUAAUGACCAAUGCUUAAAAAUCACAAUAGUCGGGUAAAUCACAAUAGUACAUCUUAUCAGUCACGUGAACUGUUUGUUAUUGAAGGAUGUCAAGGUUUUUCUGAUUUAGUUAGCAUUUGUGUCACUUUAAUAAAAAAUCCUUUGCAGAUGCUGGCUCUAAAUGAAGUUGAAGUUAGUCAAGUCAAUCAUUACCUUAAUGAGAGCACCCAAAUUUGAAUUUUCAAGCUUCAUGUAUAUUUGCCUGUAUAGAUGAACAUUUUGGCAAAAUAAUAAAUGCACUUGAUUUGAAUGAG